CCUAUUUACAAACUCUUUGAAGCUUCCGAUCAACUCUUCUCGAUAGAGUCCGUUCACUGUAGUAGGACCACGUCUUGGGAAGCGGCCUAGUCCUUCUUCUCUUUCCCUGUAGCUUGGUGUGCAGUUUUGCAUCAAGUCGUAUGCCAUAUUUUCUCGGUACUUCUCACCAAGAAACACUACGUCGUUUCUUCUGGUGCCGAGUGAAUAUCACAGCAAGUCUCCCACUGAGAACCAACAAAUUAGAGUAAUUUCUGGAGAAGCGAUGUCGUUGGGUCAAUUUCUCUCUCGUAGGUGAUUGAUUGGCCCAUCGGCUUCCUUUCAAAGGCUUUCGACUUUCAUUCUUUCUUUCUUUGUAAUCACUUGAAUUGGAAAAGAAAAGAAAUAAAUUACUUUCGAAUGCGAGCGUCCAUUCUAUAUUUUGCUGAGAAUUAACCUUUAAGUGGUCCACUUUCUUUCACAAGAUAUAUCUAUUAUGGGUUCACUUUGUCGUUCUCAAGAAAUGAUCAAACUCCGACUGUUUGUUGAAAAAUCAGUUGCUCACGAAACUAUGGUGGAACUCGCUGAACUUGGCGUGUUUCAAUUAAACGACUUGAAUGAAGAAAAGUCAACUUUUCAAAGAACUUUUGCCGCGGACGUCCGCUUGUGCGAUGAAAUGCAAAGACGCCUACGCUUUCUGGAGGAACAGGUUGAUUUUCAGCUAGAGGAACAACGUCUAGAGGAUACAAUAACGGUAGAAGCAUUGCAGUCUCUCCAACUUGAGGAAUUGGCGCGCUAUCUUUGCGAUCUUGAAGGGAACGUUACGGAGAUGAACAGUCACUGGGGAGCUUUGAAAGCAGAAGAAAGAAAAGUGGCGGAGCACGCAAUACUCUUACAGGCGGGAGCAAAGUUUUUUGAAGACGCUCCAAAAGUUUCCUUGUCGGAAUAUGGCACAACCAUUAUGUCGCCUGAUCCCGAGCACAGAAGCAUAAAUAUUCCAAGAUCUAGUGCAAAAAAUGAUGAAGAGACGACAAGUCUCCUCGGUGUAUCGAAGACAGGGAGAGAUGGGAUGGAAGAAAGUAUACUUGGCUAUUAUGCUGGCUUUAUCUCUUUUGAAAAUAUUCAUCCCUUUGAACGCAUUCUUUUUCGGGUAUCGCGAGGUAAUGCAUAUCUUCGACUUGUAUCUUUAGAUGAAAUUUCGUCUGUGAAUAUUCGUUUUGAAAAAAUGGAGAAUGAAUGGGGAAGAAAGAGAGUAUUUAUCGUAUUCUUUCCUGGAGUUGCUCUUGGGACCAAGAUUCUAAAGAUAUGUGAGGCUUUUUCUGUAUCCCUGUAUAAUUUGCCUGAAGGAGAAGUCGAGCGGUAUCGUCUAUUGCAAAGUUUGGAACAAGAGUUUAAUGACCUACAAACUGUGAUAGCCUCCACACAGUCUCAAAGAGAAGAAGCAUUUCGCGAAAUUGCUUUACAGUUGUCCUUAUGGAAAGAGAAGGUCCGAAGAGAAAAGACUAUUUUUCAUGCUUUGAAUCUGUUAAACUACGAUACGAGCAAUAAUGUGUAUAUUGCGGAUGGUUGGUGUCCUUUAGAUGAAUAUGGAAAUCUUCAAGAUUGCCUUAGUCGAGCCCAAAAGAGAGCGCAUGCACAGAGUCCGACCGUUGUAGAAGUUAUCAAGUAUCCCAAAGAUACUCCUCCAACAUUUUACAAGUUGAACAAGUUUACAAUUGUAUUCCAAAAUGUUGUAGAAUCAUAUGGAGUUCCUUGUUAUCAGGAACUUAAUCCUGCACCUUUUACUAUUGUCACUUUCCCCUUUUUAUUUGCCAUAAUGUUUGGAGAUAUUGGACAUGGAAUGUUAAUGACUCUAGUUGCAGCCAUUUUGAUUUUCAAAGAGAAGCAGUUGGGAGGAAGAAAGUUGAAUGAGCUAGUGCAAACUUGUUUCGAUGGCAGGUAUAUGAUUUUGUUGAUGGGUUUGUUCUCAGUUUAUACUGGUUUCAUUUAUAAUGAGUGCUUUGGUGUUUCUCUUAAUCUGUUUCAAACGCGUUGGAAAUUUACAGAUGCAUCAUCUUUAGCUUGUGGAGUCGACAGCUGUGCAGAUGCUUUGUCAAACAAACCUCCUCUAGAUAUUUAUCCUUUUGGGUUUGACCCUGUUUGGAGUAGAGCUCAAAAUGGCCUUUCUUUUUUGAACUCGUACAAAAUGAAGUUGAGUAUCAUCGUUGGUGUCACACAAAUGCUUCUUGGUAUUGUAUUAUCCUAUUUCAACGCUUCUUUUUUCAGGAGUGGUUUGGAUAUUUGGUAUGUAUUUGUACCUCAACUUUUGUUUAUGAGUUGCACAUUUGGUUACUUGGUAUUGUUAAUAUUUAUCAAAUGGUUAACAAACUGGAAUGCUCCCAGUUGCUUAUCUGAUUCUCGUUGUCGUCCUCCUGACCUCAAAAACACUCUCAUUGGCUUGUUUAUGACUCCAUACAAAGUAGCAGAAGAUGCCAAGUUAUUUCCUUUUCAAGGUGAAAUUCAAUCGGUUUUACUGUUGAUAGCUAUCGUUUCUGUUCCUUGGAUGUUGCUUCCCAAGCCUCUCAUACUACUUUAUCGUCAUCGUAAGAGCAAGAUUGUGAUUGGAAAUGAAGAACAACGUCCUUUGCUCGAUAAGGAAUUAAGUACUCAGACCAACAAUCAUGUACAAGGCGGUACUCAUUCAGAUAUGAACAAGAAGGAAGAAGAGUCUUUCGAUUUCGGCGAGGUGAUGAUUCAUCAACUCAUACAUACUAUCGAAUUUGUAUUGGGAGCUGUUAGUAAUACUGCUAGUUAUUUGCGUUUAUGGGCGCUAAGCUUGGCUCACUCGGAGUUGAGUUUGGUAUUCUUAGAAAAGGUUUUAUAUAAUACAAUUUCGUUGGAACAUCCUAUAGCGAUUAUGAUUGGUUUCUUGCUUUGGGCGUUUUUAACAAUAGGCGUAUUGUGCCUUAUGGAAUCACUUUCAGCGUUUCUACAUGCUUUGCGUUUACAUUGGGUCGAGUUUCAGAACAAAUUUUAUAACUUGCAAGGAGAAGGAAGGAAAUUUAUUCCGAUGUCUUUUUCAAUAUGAACUUUUGGAAUAAAAUUUUUUUUAUAACA